AGAACAUUCAUAUCUACUUCAAUAAAGACAUCAACCGUCCUCGUAUAGUUCUUCAAACUCUCGAUUCUACUACUUCCAUCAUGCCAAUUAACAAGUACAAGGCCGCUGCGGUCACCUCAGAGCCUGGAUGGUUCGACCUCGAAGCCGGUGUUCGAAAGACCAUCAACUUCAUCAAUGAAGCUUCCCAGGCUGGCUGUAAGCUCGUCGCCUUUCCUGAGGUCUGGAUUCCCGGCUACCCCUACUGGAUGUGGAAGGUAACAUACCUCCAAUCCUUGCCCAUGCUCAAAAAGUACCGCGAGAACUCGCUCCGGGUCGAUUCGGAAGAGAUGAAUCGAAUCCGCCGCGCCGCCCGUAACAACCAGAUAUUUGUGUCCAUGGGUCUGUCGGAGCUCGACCACGCUACGCUGUACCUGUCCCAAGUCCUCAUCAAUCCCAACGGCGACAUCAUCAACCACCGGCGCAAGAUCAAGCCCACGCAUGUCGAGAAGCUCGUCUACGGCGACGGCUCUGGCGACACCUUCAUUUCUGUCACCGAGACGGAUAUCGGCCGUCUUGGCCAACUCAACUGCUGGGAGAACAUGAACCCCUUCCUCAAGUCCCUGAACGUAUCCAUGGGUGAGCAAAUUCACGUUGCUGGUUGGCCCGUCUACCCCGGAAAGGAGCGCCAAGUCUCCCCCGACCCACUGACUAACUACGCCGACACGGCUUCUGAUCUGGUUACGCCUGCAUAUGCUAUCGAGACUGGCGCAUGGGUCUUGGCGCCCUUUCAGAGACUGUCGGUUGAGGGACUGAAGAAGAACACUCCUGAAGGAGUCCAGCCCGAGACGGAUCCCUCGGUCUACAAUGGCCAUGCCCGCAUAUACAAGCCCGAUGGAACUCUGGUUUCCAAGUCGGACAAGGACUUCGACGGGUUAUUGUUCGUCGACAUAGAUCUCGACGAGUGCCACCUGACCAAAGUCCUUGCUGACUUUGCCGGACACUACAUGCGCCCUGAUUUGAUCCGCCUGUUGGUUGACACGCGGCGCAAGGAGCUCGUCACCGAGACUGAUACGGAUGGUGGCAUUGCUUCGUACAGCACUGCUCAUCGUCUUGGGCUGGAUCGCCCGCUGGACCAGGAGUCCGAGAAGCAGAGGCAUAUCUCGAGUGAGAAGAAGGAGAGGGCUAUGGAAGGAACCCAGGGUUAACGGAGAUUUAAUGCAUCAAUUUACAUAGAAGAGAAGCUCGGCAUUACUAGUUUUCAUUCUGACUUGUAAUAUGGAACAAAAUGAGUUUCAAUAGCUUCAUUCACUUGAGAAUCGCGAUCACGCGGGCGUACAUUGCUUUCGUCACGAAAAUAUGG